AUGGCAGAUCCCCCGCCAGAGAGCUCUCACUCAACGCCUGGCACUCCCGUGAGCGACUCCACGCGUCUGCACAGCUCGAUGGAAGACCCCGACUCCGAGGGCCACCGGAAACGCCCGCGUCUCGACAGUGGAAGUCGCGUAAGAGAGAGCUUGUCCAUCGACGCUGCCUUCACUCCGGCCGCGCCUGCCUCCGCCAUGGACCUUUCUCCAGAUUCGCGUCCCAGCAAGAUGACGAUAAAUGUCAAGUCUCCAACAUGCGACAUGAAUUCCGAAUCCAUCGAACCCGCGUCCCUCCAACCAGACUCUCCUCUACCUCACUCUAUCACCGACCCCGACGCGAACCCGGACAAUGUCAUUUCUAUCUCCUCCUCUCCUGCACACAGUCCUGAGAUCGAAGUCGCCGAGCUGGAGGAUAUGGAUCAGGAUCCAAACACCUCCAGUUGGAGGCCACUGGACGAGGCAUUACGAGACCAGACCCAACCUGAGGUGAUCGAGGUCGACGACACGCUCUCUCCCUUGGACUCUUUCCCGUCAGUACGGGAGAAUGCGACCGCAUUUGAGAAUUUGCAAUACAUGAUCGCGGUGAUCGAGAGAUGUGACCCGCGUGAUGCCUUAGCACUUACUGCCUUGAAAGUGUGGUUGGCCGACUGCGCAAAGAAUCUCGAUCGAUUGACGGCUCCCGCCAUUACUGAAGAUCUUGAAUUCUGGAAUCGCUUACCUUUCCUUCUGGAAAUACUCCUCCGCAGACAGCAGGAGCUCCUUAUUGACGAUGGAAGCGAGGUAUUGAAGGGCCUGGAGGACUUCUUCAUAGAUUAUGUCAAAAUCGCCGUCCACAUGAUUCGCCUAGACAUCAUGUUCAUGCGCCGGUUGGGCGAAGAGCCGGAUACUCAGCUGCCAGAUAGUCCAGCCCGACGCUGGAUAACACCUCUCGCGUGGCUGCUGGGAUCACAGAACAUUCCUCUCUAUCGUGCUAUAGAGACACAGUACAAGACCAACACUGUGGAUUUAGUACGACGAAUCCGCGCGAGGUCUUUCAUUCCCCCUAUCGAUGCCCCCUCAGUGGUGGCAGAAUACACUUCUCUUCUGCUGAAAACCAUGCUCAAAGCUCCUUCUUUAUUGAACGCUUUGAAAACUGUUCUGAUUUUCGCCACUAGCGUGGCUGACUGCACACCGGAUAAGACACAGAAUGAGCAGGACUCAAAUACAGAAUUCAGUACUGACCUAUCGGCCGACUCAUCUUUCUUAAUGGUCAUAUACGACACCGUCCGCCAGAUUGAUGUCCAGUACCAGGAAUGGGUGACAAAGAAAUCCGCUCUGGUUUCAAGCGAGAACACUGAACAUAUGCUUCUCCAAAUACCCCGUGUCUACAUGUUGCUCUGCAAAUCUGACCCUGUGUUCAUCGAUCGAAUCGCACAAGACCUUGGAAUUGAGCUUCCAGAAGGUGCGAGCAUUGCUAACAAGACUGACAUCAUUUCCUGGGGCUGGAAACUUGGUGUUUUGAAGAAGCACAUCAUGGAGGGCCGCAUGGAGCUCCGGGUUUGCGGUGUGGAAACAAUGCAAUCACACCUGGUGAAGAUUUGGGCCGAGCGCAUCUCCAACAAUGCUACUGCAGUCAAAUCACCAGAAAUUCAGUACCUGGUCCGAUAUAUCCGAAGCAACAAGUUCGUGGAUUACCUCGUGGGGGUAGAAUCUCACCCUCAGUUGAUCUGCCGCAGCAGCAAUAUUGUUGGAUUCCUGGUCGUGGCGAGCUCCUACACGAACCUGGAAACAGACGUCAUUUGGAAGGCUGUGACCGAGAGCCAGGACAGUAGGAUCGUUUCUGAGGUGUUAGCCAUGCUCACCCGUACGCUCUACAUGCACUCCACUGCCUCACCGGCUUUGCUGUACAUCUGCGAAAAGGUCCUAAGGCAUCCGCUGGAACGGUUUGAUGCUAAUGUGCUUGAAUUUUGUGAUAUCCUGCUCGGUCGAAUGUAUCACCAGCCUGGCGAAACCGGGUACUAUGACAACUCUGGCCUCGACCGCGUGAAUGCGGUCGCCUUGUGGCUCUGCGUGCGUCUCAUCCGAGAAAGCACCGCAGCGGACAAUCUCUCCGAUGAACAGAGGACGAAAUUACAGGACCUCGGCAGCAGGCAACUCGCAAGCUGCAUCAGAGCUGGCGUCAGCGGGACGGACCGGGCGGAAAUCUACGAACGCUGUAUCCUUGAUAUCGCCGAGAUGAAUGCUUUCACUGCGGGUAGUAUCCAAGUACUGAAUGCUCUCGUCCCCAUUCAAGAUGCGCAAGAGAUUUACAAACUCGACGAACAAUAUGACUUGACUCGACUGGUGAUCACUGACCUGCUUCACACUGUGAAUGGAGACCAAGUCGAUUUGUCCGAUGCAUUUUCACACCAUGGCCUUGUUUCCCGCGUUAUGCUCCUCUUCCGGCUUGUUGACAUGGCCCCGGAGACAAUCACGCCCGAGCUCGGAAAAGCCUUCUGGAAUGACAUUCUUUUGUCAAGCAAACUGGGAGUUGAUGGGCACAAGUCUGUUUGGGGCAUGAUGUCGACUGCUUUAACGCACUGCACCAAGGCCAACCCUUUUCUUGAUCGAUGCAUUCAUGAAUAUCUGCCGGGGUUAGUCCCGAAAGACUACUCUCCGGAAUUGCUUGCCUUUACAAAAAUGUCCAUCACCUACCAACUUCGCUUUUACCCGCCUCCCGCCGCUGUGGACAAUGAGAUUGUGACCAUUCCGGGAAUGGAUCGCAUCUGGAACUUCAUUUUGACAUCCCCCCCUGGUACUAUCGAAAACGAGGCAACGGAUUAUGCCAUCAAAACAUAUCUGGAUCAUCCAAUUAUCAGGAACUCACCGCCGUCUGCUGUUGAAGCGACACAUAUUUCGAUCGCAGGUCGUUGCAUCGAGCAACUCAAAAACUCCGCUGCAGCUUUGCGGACGUCACACGCUACGAACGGUGAUUCUGCGAUGGAAAUAGAAAAUAUCGAUGGUGCUAUCGGUCCCGAAGAGCUGCGUUUCAGGCGCUCGCUUCAGUUCCUCUACCGAUUGCUUCACGGUCUGCGGUCUCGCCGACAAUACGUUUCCCCUCGAGGAUCUCCACCAAGUCUUCCAGAACGCCCAGUUAAAGGUGAUCCGGUCGAGCUAUCCUGGCAAUCGUUCAACGGCAAUGCUCACUCUGGUGUCAAGGUAUUGCAGAUCGGCAGCCUUUCGACAGCUACCGAGCUCGUAGAGUUACUUUGCCAGCUCACCGGUUUCUCCAAGUUUUCGGCAAUCUGCGGUGGCCAGCGGCUCAACCUGCUCGAAGAUCCGGGAGCUCUUGUGGGAGAGAUAAAAAAGCUCCAAGGGGGCCUUCUAAUUCUCCGCAAGGCACCCGAUGCCCAGGAAGUCGCGCGUGACAAUGGCCAGCACUCUCUUACGUCGGUCGACUUUGAAGUUAUGAAGCAUUUCGACGAGAUUUACGAAUUCCUCGUGCUCAAGGAGGAUGUCGCCCGCGAGGUAUUUGAUUUUCUCGCCGUGUUCCCUCCUCCCGACCGCAUUGUCGAUCUUGUCAGAUCUGAGCAAAUCGACGAAAAGACAUUGUUCCCCUUUGUUACGCCCUUCAUUGCAUUUUAUUCCUUCUACGUGCUGCUCAUAUGCCUGCGCGAUGAAUCGACGGAGGCAAUCCCCAAUCGGGACUUUGCGUCGCACAGCAUCGAAAGAGUUGUGGCGUUUUUGAUGGCCGAUGAGUUUGCUGGAUCCCUGAUUCAUGAUUCCGUCAAGUUCUGGCUUGCCACAAAAGCGCUUGAAUCCCUUCAAGCGGCAUUUAACGUCUAUGGCUCUCCAAGCGACGACGCCACACUUGUCCAGGACCCGGCAAAGCUGGUGAAGCGUCUUCUGAGUUUCAUUGAGAUGGCCCAGUCUGCACCCAGCCUUCCUUUUAGCGUCCUGAAUCAGAAUCUUAUUCGUCUCCCCUUCGCCCUUCUCAUCGACGGCUCAACACGGGAUAGCAAGUUCUGGAAUGCUGUCAAACAGGAAACACACUUCGGCCAGUUGAUCCAGUCGCUGCUUUUGAAUGAAAGCCGCUCAUCCGUUCGCAUCGACGUGGCAGAGAGGAUCAAAAUGACAUGUGGUCCUUUGAAAUCGCAGAAGCAGGUGCAGAAGGCUAACGAACAGUCGCAAAGCCCGACCCCUGCCGAAAGUACCGACAGAAUAGACAUGCUGGCUACUGUCUGGGAUGCCUUCCUCAAGACUAUCCCGAAGGCUCCAGAGUUUGCUUCGCAGUCUGCGGAAUUCUUCACAACUGCUCUCUGGGUUUUCCGUGUGGUUGCGGAGAGGUCUCCCCGAGAUAUCAUCUUCAGUCAGUAUCUCAGGGAUUGGAGUUUGGUCAUGCUCCAGCACCGCACUCAAGAGUUUGUCGGUCGCGAGACGAUUGAUCACUUGAUGCAUGGAUUUGCUCUUUUGUUGGAGCUGUGCCUUGACCUGGCAGAGAAGGCUAACGUUGAUCUGGGAGACUGUGAUCUCGCGGAGCACAUUCUGGGCAUCUAUCUCUUCCCAGACCUGUCGCCGGAUAUAGAGAAUCUCACGGCCCCGCAGCUUCCUGUCUUGCAUUCACCCACUCGCCAGAAGCUGUACAGUAUUGUUGGCCUCCUAUGCAAGCGCAACGAUGUGAAUCUUGCCCAAGUUAUUGAUAUGCUGGAGCCUGUUGUCCCUCGAGAUGUUUCGUACGGCCCGAACUCGAGCUGGGAUCGAUCAAAGAUAAUUCGAGCCCCACCAGGGUAUGCGGGGCUUAAGAAUCUCUCGAAUACCUGUUACUUGAACUCCUUGAUGACCCAGCUUUUCAUGAACAUCGAGUUCCGAGAUUUCAUCCUGAAGCUUGACCUGGUUGAUCCACAUUCAUCACAGAGACUUCUCAAAGAAACUCAAAAGCUUUUUGCAAUGAUGCAAGACACUUUUACGAAACAUACGGAUCCAGCAGACUUUGUCGAGCAGAUCAAAACCUACGACAACGAAGCAAUCGAUGUCACUAUCCAGAUGGAUGUCGAUGAGUUUUACAACUUGCUCUUUGACCGUUGGGAGGCUCAGAUUGUGGAUCCACAGGAAAAGAAGAAGUUCAGAUCCUUCUACGGCGGGCAGCUCGUUCAGCAAAUCAAGUCCCAAGAAUGCCCCCACAUUUCGGAAAGAGAGGAACCGUUCUCUGCCAUACAAUGUGAUAUCAAGGGCAAGGCCAGCCUCGAGGAGAGUUUACAAGCAUACGUCGAGGGAGAGAUCAUGCAAGGAGAAAAUAAAUACUCCUGCACGGGCUGUAACCGCCAUGUUGAUGCUGUGAAGCGAGCCUCUUUGAAACAUGUUCCCGACGACCUAAUUUUCCAUCUCAAGCGGUUUGAUUUCGACAUGGUAUCAUUGACUCGAAGCAAGAUCAACGAUGAGUUCCAGUUCCCGGAUCGGAUCGACAUGACUCCUUACAAGGUGGAGCACCUCUCAGACCCAGAGGCUCACAUCGAGCCGGACAUUUUCGAACUGGUCGGUGUUUUGAUUCACACGGGUACGGCCGAGUCGGGCCAUUACUACUCGUACACUCGGGAGAGACCCUCUUCGGGAACUUCAACCUCAUGGGUCGAGUUCAAUGACUCGGAUGUUAGCUCAUUUGACCCAGCAACCAUUGCAGACCAGUGCUUCGGAGGCCCGAGUGGAACAAUGGGUGGCCAAAUGCACAAGGUCUGGAACGCCUAUAUGCUGUUCUAUCAGCGCGUUUCUACAAUGGAGGCGUCCAAAGAGAUCUACAAGCCGUUAAAUCCUGGAUAUCCAGUCCGAGCUUGGGUACCCGAUGAUUUGACAAGCCUUAUCGCCGGAAACAAUGAGAUUACCAUCCGGUCUUAUUGUCUUUUGGACCCGCUCUACGCAUCUUUCGUGCAGGGCCUGCUCCAACAUGUGCAGAGCUUUGCAGUCAACUUCGAAAGAAAACGCGAUCUUGAAUUGAAGGCGAUAACUGUCGCAUUGGACACCUACGAGCAACUGAUUGCACGGUCCAAGGAUCAUUCAUGCUUGGAUGCGAUUUCCACCGAGAUCUCUGAUCUGAUCUCUCGAAAUGUACAUGCGGCACUCGAAGCACUUCAAUGGUUUCACGAGAAGGAAACCUCGAUGCGCAACCUGGUCCUCAAGAUGCCAAAUACGGAAGUUCGGAAGCAAGGCAUCAUGUUCCUCAUUGACGCCAUGGGCAUAGUUGAAAAUUAUCUUCGCGAUCCAAGUGUUGACGAACAGGAAGGGAUUGACAUGCAAGUUCGCUUCGACGGGCUCGUGGAAGACAUCAUUCGCAAACUGGAGGAUUUGUGGCCUGCUCUUCAGACCGUUUCUCGUGUCUGGGAUGAUUAUUUCGACAUUCUUCUUAAGAUGAUUGCGGUGUCACCUGGAACUGUUGACUUUUUGCUCGAGAAUGGCUUCUUCGUCCGCUGCCUGGAAAUCAUCUGGCUCGAUCAAGAGGACCGGAAGAGAUUGAGAAGCAAGUAUUCAAACUACAUCAGACUGAUUGAUAAGGGCCGACGCUUCUCCUAUCUCAAAAUGAUGGCUCUCUGCGCAGUCUUUUUCAAGAAAAUCGAUUUUGCGCUCCCCCCUGUCCGAGAUGACGAGACUCGGCAUGUGUUGGGCAACGUCAUGUAUUCUUUGAGCGUCACCGAAAACAAAUUCAUCAAACCCAUCGACGAAGAUGGAAGUCUUUCUGUUCUGCAAAAGAUUCUGCAACAUGACCAUUUCGGUAACACAAAGGCCUCCUACACGAUUAUUGCCGCUUUGCUUCAAUCAGAGCCCCAGGCAGGUCUCCUUGACAACAUUAUCAAAGCGCUGCAAGUCGGUUUGCGACUGUCACCUGCCGACCUUAGCAUCCCAUUCCUGGAGGCGACAUGCAUGUUCUGCAAAUGGUGUCCAGGGAAGGCCGAUGCCGCAGACAUAAUCAGAUUUGUCGCGAAGGGAGUUGAAUCGAUUGACGGCCGCGCGAGUGUUGAUCAUCUAGAAUUCUUCACCCGGAUUUGCACUACAUCUAACGAAAGACUGCGCCUGGGAGAAGAUUGGUUUUCGGCAAUCGUUCAAGAUGAGAUCCCCAGCUGGGCACCGACCCUCCUCAUCGACACUGAUCGAUCGGUUCGCCAGGGCACCAUGGACAUACUCAAGACCUUGCUUUUCAGCAACGAGAACAUUGGUCUCACCACAGAGUCCCAGGCUCGAUACUACCAGAUAGGCCGCAACCUCAUGAUUUCGUGUGUCCAAAGAGUUGAGAAGUCAUUCAUCCACAGCCAAGUUCAACAAGUCGAAUCUAGAAUCGUUGACAGCAUCAUUGAGGUCAUCAAGCAUUGCCAGGAUACCUACUUCGAUGAUGAGGACGAGGAAGAUAGACGGACUCUGGACAGUGCCAAUGCAAUCCUCGCUCCCAUCGAAGACAUAACAGUCGAAGUCCAAGACGACCUCGUCUCAGAAUCCGAUCUUCCCUCCGCAGACGAAUGGGAAGCAACCUCUGCAUUAGCCAGUGACUCCGAAAUGGGAGUCGCCGGCUCUCCCUAG